AUGGAUCCAUCUGAUCCAGAUUUCAAGUAUUUGGGUGUUGACAGGAAGCAGUUGCUCAAAGAACAAGCAUCUUUCGACGCGAAAAAUGUGAUCUGGGUUGAAGAUGAGAAAGAGGGAUAUGUGAUGGCUGAUAUUGUCGAGACCUCGGGAGAUACGAUCACCGUGAAAAUGAAGGAUGGCACGGUAAGUCAAUUGAAUUACAUUCAAUCCCAAAGUAAAUGUUGA